AUGCCGCCAAAGAAGAAGGGCAACAAGAAGGCCCAGGAUGACUGGGAGGCUGACCUGGGCGAGUCCAUUGCUCCCCAGGAUGCCGCCGAAGAGCCCAAGGCAGAGGAGCCCGCCGCCGAGGAGGAUGCUACCGGCGGCGGCCUGAUGGCUGCUCUGGCGAAACGAGGCAAGAAGAAGGGCAAGAAGAACCAGCAGCAAGACUGGGAAGCUGAGCUAGGCGAAGACCCCACUGAGGAGGCAGCAAACGAUCCGAUAGCGAGCAAGGCGCCUGAGGAGGCAAACUUUGACGAUGACGAUGUUUUUGCGGGCAACUUCAAGCCGAAGAAGGAAAAGAAGGAGGAGAAAGGGGAGGAGAAGCAGGCACCGGUAGAGGAUGACGCGCCGAGGGUCAAGACGAAGGCCGAGAAGGAAAAGGAAAAGAAGGAGAAGGAGAAGCAGCGGAAGAAGGAGAUGGCUGCAAAGAAGAAGGCCACCGGCCCAGCAAAGACUGAAGCCACAAAGCCCGCCGAAGCCAAGUCCGACACUCCAUCAACGCCUGCUCCCGAACCUGCUGCUGCUCCAGCUGCCGCCGGUGGCAAGAAAGGCAAGAAAAUUCCCGCCGCCCUCGCUGCGCUCCAGAAACAACAGGAAGAGCGACGAAAACGCGAGGAGGAAAUAGCUCGCCUGGAGGCCGAAGAGAAGGCCAGGAUAGAAGAGGAAGAGCGCAAUGCUGAGGAAGAGGAGAAAAAGAAGGCCGAGGCCAGGGCGCUCAAGAAGCAGAAAGAAAAGGAGAAGAUCGAGCAGCUGAAGAAAGAGGGCAAGUACCUGACCAAGGCACAGAAGGAGGCCAAGGCCAGGAACGAGCUGCGCCUGAAACAGAUGCUGGAGAGCGGAAACGCCAAGGUCGAUGCACUUGACGCCCCUACUGAGAAGAAGAAGCCCGUUUACGACGACCGCAAGAAAAGGAAGAAGACCCAGGCCGAGCAGCAAAAGGAAAAGGAGGCCGAAGAGGCAGCGAAGAAGCUCGAAGAGCUUCGAAUAGCCGAAGAACAGGCCGCUGCUGCUGAGGCUGAAGCUCAAAAGGCGCGUGAAGAUGCUGAGGCGAAGAAGGGCGAGGGGGAGAGCGACUCGGGCGAGGAUUGGGAAGCCCAGGCAGAUGCCAUGGAGGGCGUCAAGGACAGCUGGGACGCAGACAGUGACGCGGAGGAAGAGAAGAAGAAAGCCGCGGCUGAGGCCAAGGCUGCUACUGCUGCGAAGCCUGCGGCCAACGGCAAGCCAGCUGCGGAGGCAUCUGCGGAUGAUGAAGAGUCUUCAGAUGAAGAAGAUGACAGCGAUGACAGCGACGAUUCAUCAUCCGAUGAAGAGGGUACUGCCGCACAACGCGCCGAAGCCGCACGAAAAGCUGCCGCUGCAGAACGGAGAAAGAAGCAGCACGAAGAGGCCCUCGCUGCUCGCUCAAAGGACAACCUCCGAUCACCUAUUUGCUGCAUCCUUGGCCACGUCGAUACCGGAAAGACCAAGCUUUUGGACAAAAUCCGUCAGACCAACGUCCAGGAAGGCGAAGCUGGUGGUAUCACGCAGCAAAUCGGUGCCACUUACUUCCCGGUUGAGGCUUUGGAGAAGAAGACAGCCGUCGUCAACAAAGACCACUCCUUUGUAUUCAACGUCCCUGGUCUUCUCGUCAUCGACACCCCUGGUCACGAGUCUUUCACCAAUUUGCGUUCCCGAGGUUCUUCACUCUGCAAUAUUGCUAUCCUCGUUGUCGAUAUCAUGCACGGUCUAGAGCCACAGACACUGGAGUCGAUGAGAUUACUUCGCGAUAGGAGGACGCCCUUCAUUGUUGCCCUCAACAAGAUCGAUCGUCUCCUUGACUGGAAGAAGAUUGACAACAACGGUUUCGAAGACUCUUUGAGCCUGCAGAAGGACCGCGUCAAGAAGGAGUUCGAGGACCGAUGGGCCAUGGUACAUACCCAACUGCAAGAGCAGGGUUUCAAUUCGGAGCUGUUCUUCAAGAACAAAAACAUGUCGCGGUAUGUCUCUGUGGUCCCGACAUCAGCGCACACCGGAGAGGGUAUCCCCGAUAUGAUCAAGCUCAUCAUCAAGCUCACCCAAGAGCGUAUGACUAACAACCUCAUGUACCUGUCCGAGGUAGAGUGCACGGUCCUGGAAGUCAAGGUCAUAGAAGGUCUCGGCACAACAAUUGACGUGAUUCUUUCCAACGGUGUUUUACACGAGGGUGACCGAGUAGUGCUUUGCGGUAAUCCAGAGCCUAUAGCGACAAAUAUUCGAGCUCUCCUCACACCAGCUGAGAUGAAGGAGCUCCGUGUUAAAUCGCAAUAUGUACACAAUAAGGAGGUCAAGGCCGCCAUGGGUAUCAAGAUCGCCGCCGACGGUCUCGACCAGGCUAUUGCCGGUUCGCGACUGCUCGUCGUUGGCCCAGAUGAUGACGAAGAGGACCUCAUGGAUGAAGUCAUGGGCGACCUCGCACACUUGCUCAGCAAGGUAUCCAAGACUGGCCGCGGUGUCUCUGUUCAGGCAUCUACCCUUGGUUCGCUCGAAGCCUUGCUCGAGUUCCUACGCGUCUCCAAGAUCCCCGUCGCCACCAUCUCUAUCGGUCCCGUUUUCAAAAAGGAUGUCCUACGCGCCGGUGUCAUGUUAGAAAAAGCAAAGGAAUACGCUGUCAUGCUGUGUUUCGACGUCAAGGUCGACAAAGACGCACGCGCCUACGCCGACGAAAUCGGCGUUAAGAUCUUCGAGGCGGACAUCAUCUACCACCUCUUCGACAAGUUCACGGCGCACAUGAAGCAGCUCGAGGAGCAGCGCAAGGAGGAUUCCAAGAUGCUUGCCGUCUUCCCCUGCGUGCUCAGCCCUAUCGCUGUCUUCAACAAGAAAGAUCCCAUCGUCUUGGGCGUCGAUGUCACAGAGGGAAACCUUAAGAUUACGACGCCCAUCGCUGCCAUCAAGAAGAAUCCCGUUACUGGUCUGAAGGAAAUCAUCGACCUGGGCAGAGUCACUUCCAUCGAGCGCGACCACAAGCAAAUCCAAGUCUGCAAAAAGGGCCAGCCCUCCGUCGCCGUCAAAAUCGAAGGGCCCAACCAACCCCUCUACGGCCGCCAUCUCGAGGAAAAGGACAUUCUUUACAGUCACAUCUCGCGUGAAUCGAUCGAUACGCUCAAAAACUACUUCAGGGCGGAUGUCAGCAUGGACGAGUGGAAGUUGAUCAAGCAGCUGAAAGAGAGCUUUGAUAUCAUGUAG